CUGAGCUACUCACCCAUCUCACACCUAUCCGUCCAUUUCAUCCCGGCGCAACGCUCCAGAGCUUCCCCAUCUGUUGCGUAUUCGUCAAAAACUCCCCUCAUCAGCUUCGGGGCAAUGGGAUUGGCCACUACACCGGCACCUUCUCCGAUUGUUACUGGGGGAGUCUCAUUAGACUUUUAGACCAAACCCUCCCAGUAGCCUGCCGUCAUCAUGGGCAAGCUACUUUCACUCGGCGCGAGACUGCGCUACCCGAUUACCAUUACAAAACUCCUCAAGCGCCCCGGCGACGCCGUCCAAAAACAGGAGAGCGUGCUCGAGUACUCCUUCAAAUGGAUGCGCGAGGUCGGCGACCCCAUCGCUGGCAACACCUGGCAAGAGGAGGAAACCACAGUCGUCGGCUGGGAUAGUCCGGCCGAAGGCACACUCAAAGAAUGGCGUCUCAAGGAAGGCAUGACAUUCACCCGCGACGCCCCGUGUAUGAUGGUCGAGGAGGCCUGCUCCCACGAGAUCCAGUUCCAAGGCUUGUGCGCCAUCUGCGGAAAGGAUAUGACCGAGGUGAACUGGGCCACCGCCGAACGCGAUACCCAGCGCGCCACGAUCAACAUGACACACGACCAGACCGGCCUCAUGGUCAGCGGCGACCUGGCUGCGCGUGCCGAGUCCGACACCCAGAAGCGUCUGCUACGACAACGGAAGCUUAGUCUCGUUGUCGAUCUCGACCAGACCAUCAUUCACGCCUGUAUCGAGCCCACCGUUGGCGAAUGGAUGGAGGACCCGUCAAAUCCCAACUACAAUGCCGUCAAGGACGUCAAGAAGUUCCAGCUCAACGAUGAAGGUCCACGGGGCAUGGUCACAUCCGGCUGCUGGUACUACAUCAAGAUGCGACCCGGUCUCGCCGAGUUCCUCGAGAAGGUUGCCGAGCUUUACGAGCUCCACGUCUACACAAUGGGAACACGCGCAUACGCCCUCAAUAUUGCCAAAAUCGUCGACCCCCAGCAGAAGCUCUUCGGCAACCGCGUCAUCAGCCGUGACGAGAACGGAAGCAUGAUUUCCAAGAGUCUGCAGCGGUUAUUCCCGGUGAACACAAAUAUGGUGGUCAUUAUCGACGACAGAGCAGACGUGUGGCCGAGCAAUCGCCCCAACCUGAUCAAGGUUGUGCCGUAUGAUUUCUUCAAGGGCAUUGGUGAUAUCAACUCGAGUUUCCUCCCCAAGAGACAGGACAUCCUGCCCGCGCCGCCCGAACCCGAAGCGAAGCCAACACCAGUCGCCGCAACAACCGCAGCACAGACGAGCGAGGCAUCAACAGCCGACCAACCAAAUGGCAAGGUGUCUGCCAUUGACGAGCUGGUAAAGAUGAGCAGCGGCGACGACAAGGUCCUGCAGGAAGCACAAAGCGGAGAGCAAGAAAGACUGUUGGAACAGCAAAUCAAGGAACGGCCGCUGCUCCACAUGCAAGAGGCGCUUGACAAAGAAGACGAACAAAACGAAAAGGCAACACAGGAAACCGAGAACGGAGCACAUAUCAUGACAGUACAGCAUCGGUCGCAAGUUCUCCGCGACGACGAUGCUGAGCUACAUUACCUACAGCAACACCUUGCCCAAUUACACCACAAAUUCUACACCGAAUACGACGAAAAGCGCGCUGCCGCACCUGCUCAGUCUGCCCCGCGUAAGAAGACGGGCGACGACGGUAUCGACCUUGACGCUGUGCCAGACGUUGGCGAAGUCCUCGAUACGAUGAAGGCCGCGACCCUCGAAGGCACUACGAUUGUCCUGUCUGGUCUUGUACCACUGGGCGUCGACGUCUUACAGUCCGAGAUCGGCAUCCAAGCCAUGAGCUUUGGCGCCCAGAUCUCGACUAGGGUAUCCAAGCAGGUCACCCAUCUCGUUAUUUCUACGUCUCGCCCGCGGACGCAGAAGGUCAGACAGGCAGCCAAGAUGCCGAGUAUCAAGAUUGUCAGCCAAAACUGGCUGUCUGAUUGCCUCAGUCAAUGGCAGCGCGUCGACGAAGCGCCUUACCUGGUCGAGGUCCACCCAGCAGACCGCCGCCAGCCAGCGAUGUCCGAGUCAACAGACGCGGAGACGAUUUCUGACGCCGAUGGUGACGACUCACGGCCGCAUUUGACAAUUAUUGACGAAACGGGCGAGCAACGCGUACUCGAGGAAGACGACGAUGCCUCGGACGAAGAUGAAGGCGACCAGGACGGCGAUGAAGAGAAUAUGAUGCUCGAGUUUGAGGACGGUCAAGUCAGCCCGAUAGACGGCCUAAAGUCGUUUGACUGGGAAGGCGUCGAUGACGAGAUGAAGGAGUUCCUCGGGAGCGACGACGACAGCUCAGAUGCCGAUACGGAAAGCCGUAGUGGCGAUACCGAUGCUGGCGAAGACCUGCCCUCAUCCCAAGAGUCUUCAAAUGCGGUCACUGGCGGUACCAAGAGGAAAGCCAUGGAAGAUGACACGGCUUCCGAUGAAGGCGGUAGUGCGCUGUCCAAGAAGCAACGCAUUGCCAAGAGCCGUGGUGCUUCCAAGUUGAGCUCAGUACGGACUCCCAAUGUCGAGGACAACAACGAGUCGAGCAGCCUGCCCACUCCUCAAGUUACUGGCGACGAGGAGGACGUCGCGCUCAUACCGGACAACGUUGCUGCGAACGGACUUGACGACUUCGACGAGGACGAUCUCGAGGCAGACCUUGAGGCUGAGCUCGCUGCCGCCGGAGAGGACUAGUGAUCCUUACCACCGGUCAACGAGAGGCAUGAUGCAUAUAAAGAUAAGCUAAGGAAGGAAAGGCCACGAAAGUGAGGAAGAAAAAGUUGGUUGGCUAUGGUUUAUUCGGUUUAUACCCCAGCCUUUCCGUUGGCGAAGCAUGGCAUGGAGUUGAGAUGUGCAAAUAUUUGUAGGAUUCAAAGUGCAGUACUGCUUGUUGAGGGUGGUGAAUAGACGAUCUGGUGUUGGGUCGGUGCAUAUCUAGCCACUUGAGAUUUAUGACCUAUAUGAAUCAACUCGAGUAGUCGAUCUCUGUUCAAACUUAAGUGACAUUGUACACAUGUAUAGGUACCUCUCAAUCGUGUCCAAUUGCUCACCGAGACCCAAGGGGGGCACGCCUCGGUGAGGGUGGAAAAGAUGGAUCCACAGUAUGUCUUACAUAAGCCAUCGGCCAAUUGAGCGAAUCACCAUCGACCC